GCGCCCGUCAUGGAGCUGCAGAAAGAGGCGCGAACACCCAGGGACCCCGUCGCGCGGCUACCCCGGGCCUCUAGGUCUCGGAAGCCGGACGAGGAGGAGCGGCGGGAGGGCGGCUCAGCGCCGGCGGCGACUGCCUUGGACGCGGAGGCGGACGGGGCUAGUGCGGACGGACUGUGGGAACUGCCAGUGGAGCCGGCUGAGCGGAGGCCCGAGUGCAGCCGCUGCAGCCGACCUCAGAAAGUGUGUUUGUGUCCGUUUCUACCAGUGCAUCCUCUACACAUCUCUACCCACUUGUACAUAAUUCAGCAUCCAGCAGAGGAAAACAAGGUGUUGCGGACAGUUCCUCUGCUAGCAGCAUGUCUCCCCCAAGAUAAGUGUAAAGUCAAGAUUGGUCGUCGCUUCAGUGAGGAAAGAGAUCCCGAACUUUCAACUGUUUGUCGGAAGUCUGAUACAUUAAUAUUAUAUCCAGGGGCUGAAGCUGCUAAUUUGGAAGAAUUUAUAUUAGAUUCUCCUAUAUAUCCUUCCACAAUCAUCAUCAUCGAUGGUACAUGGAGCCAGGCUAAGGACAUUUUCUACAAGAAUUCCUUGUUCCGACUGCCUAAACAGAAGUUCACUUGGCUGAUACAUAUAGAAGGAUUUAUAAGAAGAUUGAAGUGGAAGCAAGACGUCCAGGUGCAAUUAAAAACCAGCAUUUCUAGUCAGUAUGUAAUUCGGGCGCAACCAACUAAUAGGUGCCUUUCUACACUGGAGUGUGCAGCUGUUGCUCUUUCUAUCUUGGAGAAAAAUAAUUACAUACAAGAGAUUUUGCUUCGCCCUCUUCAAGCUUUAUGCUCUUUCCAGCUUCAGCAUGGUGCUCAAAUUCGCCUCAGCAAGGAACACCUUCUGAAAAAUGGAUUAUAUCCUAAGCCGAUGCCAAAGAACAAACGCAAACUCAGGAAAAUGGAACUAUUAAUGAACAGCAUUAAAAUUUAGUGCAGUUGUUCUUAUGGUGCUAGUUUUGGUGUCUUCAGCUGACAAUAACGAGUUAACUUUUUAUACAUUUUAAGUCUGUGGGUUUUUGUCUAAAGAAUGAGAGUUACAUACUAAACUUACCCAGAAGAAGAAAGUAAUCCAAAUAGCCAAAAAACAAACAAACAAAAUUCAUUGAUUCAGUGAAAAGCAAGAUUUCGUACAGUAUUUGUUUUUAAAAUGUGCCUCUAAUACAUUUUUUCAAGUCAGUAAUUUGAAAUGUGAUUAGUUGUUGAGCUGGGUUAGAAAUACUUAUUAAUAAAAGGGAAU